AAUAAUUAAGGAAGUGAAAACUAGAUAGUGUGAAAAGGGUAUAGAGAGAGAAAGAGAGAGAAGCAUUAUCAGAGAGAAGAAUCUACUAAAAAAGGAGCCAACAUUUCUUCUUCAUUUUUUCAUCUUCUACAUCUCCACACACUACAACCAAAAAAUCUUCACCUCGUUACUCAAACCAAAUCCAAUUCACAGCUUCUUCUUCUUCUUACUCUUCCUCUCUCUCUCUCUAUACAACGGACCUCGCCGGAGCCAUGACCGGCGGCGGAUCGUCGGGAAGAUUACCGACAUGGAAAGAGAGAGAAAACAAUAAGAGAAGAGAGAGAAGACGAAGAGCUAUUGCUGCUAAGAUCUAUUCAGGUCUUCGUUCUCAAGGUAAUUUCAAGCUACCUAAACACUGUGAUAACAAUGAAGUGUUGAAAGCUCUUUGUUCUGAAGCUGGUUGGAUCGUUGAAGAAGAUGGAACUACUUAUAGAAAGGGAAGUAAGAGACCGCUACUGAAUGAGAUGGGAGGAACUCCACCAAAUAUGAGUGCUUGUUCUUCACUUCAACCAAGUCCACAAUCUUCAUCAUUCCCAAGUCCACAAUCCUCUUCAUUUCCAAGUCCAAUACCAUCCUACCACGCAAGUCCAACUUCAUCGUCUUUCCCAAGUCCAUCUCGCAUGGAUGGAAUAUCAAACCCAUCUUCCUUUCUUCUACCGUUCAUCCGAAACAUAACUUCAAUCCCCACAAAUCUUCCACCCCUUAGGAUUUCCAAUAGUGCUCCUGUUACACCACCUCUUUCUUCUCCAAGAAGUUCAAAGCGAAAAGCAGAUUUUGAAUCCCUCUCUAAUGGUUCCUUUAACUCAUCAUUUCGCCACCCGCUUUUCGCUACCUCUGCACCGUCAAGUCCCACGCGCCGUAACCAUUUACCCCCUUCCACCAUUCCGGAGUGUGACGAGUCAGAUGCUUCUACGGUGGACUCUGGUAGGUGGGUUAGUUUUCAGACAACAGCUGUCCAUGGCGCGGCUCCUCCGUCCCCUACCUUUAAUCUCAUGAAACCAGUAAUGCAGAAGAUCACUCCUCAGAGUUCGAUGGAUAUGAUUCAUGAGGCCAUGCAAUGGAGUUCAGGUUCAGCUGCUGAGAGAGGUAGAGGCUCAGAUUUUGACUUUGAGAAUGGCAGAGUGGUGAAACCGUGGGAAGGUGAGAGAAUUCACGAGGUAGGAGUGGAUGAAUUGGAGCUUACUCUGGGGUUUGGUAAGGCCUGAUGAUGAUAAAACCAACUUACAUUUGUGUUCUACAUUAUACACCGUCCCAAAAAAUGACCGACUCAAUUGCAGUUCCUCAAAAUGUGUGCCUGGUUUUCUGGGUGAGGAAGGGCAUUGUUUGCAUCUGCUACUUCUGCAUUAGUCAGGGAAAUUCUGAAUUGGGUGUUAUGCUAUUUUUUCCUUUUGUACAGUUCUUUUAUAUAGCUAUGGUUAGUGGUUACUCUAUAUGAAAUUUAACUUCAAUUGUAAUGCCUUGUUUGAUUGUUGAAGAGUUGCAUUUGAAGCAACCUUAAGGAAGUAUUUUGAGACUUGAAUCUUACCAAGGGCAAGGGAAACAAGGUUAUACUCUUGCUCCUCUUAUUGAUGACAUUUUGAUUCCUCUUGACAAUUCAUUACACACUGCUGAGCAUCCAAUUAAGUUUUUGUAUUGUGUGUUUGUUAUGUCUA